UGACGAGAACUCUGAGAUCAAAAGUUUUUUCUCUCCUCUGUGUCUUCUUUUGGCAUCGUUUCAGAUUUUCACGAACUUGAGGAGAUCAAUUGAAACUAAAGCAAAACUCAAAAUCCCAAGAAAGAUUUCUGUUGGCCUGUCAUGGCGCCUUCGGAACUCCUUGUUUUAUCGAUUCUCUUAGCUCUCAUUUUCACGAAAACCACGGCCGAUGCAGAGGUUCACAAUGAGAAUAUCACACCCAAGGUCUCCGAUUUGUCUCCGAAGAUCGAAUUGGAGCAGCUGAAGUCGAAGAUCUCCGUUCUAGAGGCGGAAAUUCAGUACCAAAUGCUUGGCAAUCCUUGGUAGAGCUUAUUCAUGAUUUAGUGCCGAACCCGGUAAACGAACAAACAGGUGGUCUUUGUUAAGCAAAAGUUUUCCCCUCGCAUCUCAGUCACUUUUACAAGCAAAUUAUGGAAUAGCGCCUGCUAACAAGUAAAUGAUAAUCUAGGAUUGAACAGAAAACCCAAGAGUUGAAGAGCAAGGAUGUGAGCGUUGCUCAGAUGGAGAAGGCCAUUCAGGAGAAGUCAGAUAGUAGUAUAGUACUGUAUCAUUACAGAGUGAGAUAGAUUUGCUCCAGAAAAAAGGUACUGUAAAUGCUGAAGAUCAGAUGGGAAAAGCACAUGCAUGGGCUGGUGAACAUGUGAAGCAGGUUGAGAAACUAAAAGGAGAACUAGAAGCGCAGAAAAGGAAUAAAGAAGCCCUGGAAGCACGAGGAAGUGAAGCUCAAAAUAAAAUUGAUGCAUUAAAUAUGAAACUAGAAAAUCUCCAGAAGAUUAAUGAUGAACAAAAGAUCAGAAUUCACAAAACUGAACAUUCUCUUCAAGUUGCUGAGGAGGAGAUGAUGAAGGCAAACUUCGAGGUGAAUUCAAAGAUUAAAGAUUUGAUGGAGGUUAGACCCAAAGUGCAGCUUUCCAAUUUUCCCGUUUCUGUCUCUUGUUGGUCGUGGCAGAACACUGGAAUAAGCAUGGGAAACCUGCCAUGGACAUUGUGGUCAAAAAGGCCUUGGAGAAAAAAGCUCAAGCUCACAAGUGGGCUGAACCCCACAUUGAAACAGUUAAAAUGGUAAGUUAAUUUUUUCUAGUUGCUGUCCACAAUAUUUUUUACCAGAUACAUAUUUUGUUUGGUCAUAUGUUCAUUCAUGAGGGUCAAUUUCUCUAGAUGCUAUUGUGAAGUUCUUUAUUUUUUGCAUUUAUUUAUUUAUUUUGAUGGAUGUUACCACAAAUUCUUUACAAAUUCAGGGUCUGAAAUGUAAGUUGUAAUUUUGACUGGGUUUUAUCCUUCUGAUUCUUUAUUCAAAGAGAUGGAUCCCAACUUUAAAGGAAUGAUGGUUAACAAUUACAGUAUAUGUUGAACCAUAUGUCCAACUAGCAACUAAAAGAAGCAUUGAGGUCUAUGAGAUAUCCAAAGGUGCCAUAGCUCCAUAUGUGGUUAAAAUACAAGACUUCUCUGAUCCUUACUUACA